UGAGCAAAUUUUAAAGGACCGCUUUGGGCUCAAAGGAUGUGAAUCUCUGCUGCCACCUAGCGGUGCGUCUGCCUCACUGCUUCCUGCGCAGAGAGCUGAGGUGAUGGCGGCGGGACGAGGUGAGUUUUUUCGAAGUUUGGCGGAAGGUUUUGAGCGGAAACCUGCGCAGCAGGCACCGGAGAUACAACAACCGAGGGCUGGCAGAGGGAGGCCAAACCUCGGAGGAGCUUUUGCCGCUGAGAGGACAGGAUUUUCAGCCAAAUGGAGAAAGACGCAGCAGAAAAAAGCGAGCAGAGAAGGUUCAGGUAGCGGGACUGAAACCAGUGACCAGCCGACCUGUCCUGGUUUACAAAAAAAAAAAUUCCCAGAGAAGUCCUCCGUUUGCAAACUGAACUUGUUGGAAAGACUUCCCUACGAGAUCCUGAUCAAGAUUCUGUCCUAUCUGGACCCGCCCUCGUUGUUCUGCGUCGGCCACGUGAGCAGACUCUUCAAUCGGCUCUCCAAUGACGACUUCCUGUGGCACAGGAUUUACAUGUCCAAGUUUAAUAAACGGAUGUGGAAGCCGAAAUGCGCAGAUACACACACGGUGACGGAUAACAGGGCGGAGCCAAUGGAGGAUGGUUCGAUAAGCCGCUGGAAGAAGCUGUACUUUAAUCUGAUGACCGGACAGGAAAUGAAGAAAUGGAUGAAAUUGCUUCGAGAGAUCAGUCCCUCCACCGGCCUGCCCUGGCAGACCGUGUCGGUCCUCAGGAACCUGAAUGUGAGCUGGGAGCUGACGCUGUGCAGUCACGACGGAAAAGAGCACAGGUUGGAGCAGAGCAAGGGGCACUUCUUUGAGUCGUCCAUGAUUCUCUGCUGGAGCCUUGGAAUCUGUCUCAAGUUCUAUCAGAUCAGCUCUAUCCGGCUGCACGGCAUCAGGAUGGAGCCUCAGGGGAGCUCCGAAAGCAGGAAGUCAAACUGGCGCUCUCUGAUUCUGGAGCUGGCCACAGAAACGCUGCACCUCUACAUCGGCACAGACAAACGGAUGAGGGUCUUGUUACUGCAGCCGAGUGUCAUCAUGGGCUUCUGGGCGGAAUGCCAGGAGGUGGCCUUCAUCAUGGUCAGUCUGCACUUCCAUAAGCUGGUGGAGAAGAGCCUGCUGGGCUCCAAAGCCUGCCCGUACUUUGGAACUGGCGAACUACCACCUGUGGUCGACUCUGACCCAGAGCUGGGUCUCCAUGGCUACACUUUACACUUAGUCCUGCACAACACCAGCACCAUGAUUAUGUCUGGACACUUCAAGCAGCUGUCUUCCCCCAAAGAUUCUCAGAUUCAGGGCGGCCUGGUGGAGCUCAGGUUCAUCCAGAGGGCCGAUUUAUCACAGCACAGAUCGCUGUCUGGAAGUAUCAGAAUUCCCUGGAAAAACCAUGAAAUAGAAGGAGCUGUGGAGAACUGCUGCAUCAUGGGUCUGACUCUGCUGGAUGAGUUCCAGUUGCCCUUUUGGUGUGUCAGCUCACCCAUCUACAUCACCAUGGCCAGCAGGAAGCCGUCCUCGGACUAUGGCGGCCAUGAAUUCCAGAUGGUGUACAGGAGCCCUGAGGGUGAGGUGAAGAUGCUGCUGGUGUGGCUGCAGGAGCAGAAGCAGGUCUUCCUCAUCGGCCUCACCGCCUACAUCUCUGUCGCCAAACUCAACAAGCAUUUCAAACGAGAGUACUGAUUGUGCGUCCGCUAGUUGGGACGUUUCACAGCUUGUGUUAUGGUUUUGUUAAAAACUUUUCAAGUUUAGAUAAAAACACUCCUGGUCAAGAGCUUGUUUGAUUUCAAUGCAAUCAGUGGCAAAAACUUGAUUAUUUUGUUGACUGAUUAAACCGUUUUGCCUGUUUGUUUGAAUAAAAAAGGCUUAAAGCUGGUCAUGUUCAAAUCUGCUGUUUUAAAAGGGAUCAUAGAAUGCAAAACCAUGUUUACAUUGUGAUAGUUGAUAGUUCAGUGGGUGAAAUAGACGUACAGAGAAGUUCAAACCCCAUCAGCACCUGCUUUCUCUGCAAAUCUCACAAUUUUAAACUUCCACCAUAAAACGGGCGAAUCCAAAAAAAGCCCUGAAUUGACGUAAACUCUGGGAUGUUAACUUAUUUGGUUCUGGCCUGUACUUUUGUCACACCCCAAAAUUGACAUACAGACCAGCCCACUGGUUCACUGGCCAUAGAACAUGAAUAGAGCUAGAUGGAGGACACCAGUUAAAGGAAUA